UUCAUCCAAUCGAACAGUAGACACACCACCUCACCGUCUGCAUCCGAAAUCCGAACGUUUAUUCGAUUUUUGUAUUUACAUCGUACCUACAACGCGAAAUUGUCAUCCGUCGCGUUUUCAGAAACCACCGUACAUACAUAAUAUCCGACCAUGUGGAACGUCUUGUGUGUGUUGACCGUCGCGGCGCUAGUCGGACCCUCUUGCCAGCGGGCACCGGUACUCAUCACGGACCGUUACACUGCUGGCAAGCCCGGCGAUCUCAGUCAAUCGGCGUUUGCGGAUUACGUCAACUGGUGGCAAAACAUCAUCGGCAUCAUUAGCCACAACGAAGAACCCGCCGCAGAGCCACCAGUAACGCCAAUCGAUCAGUCUACGUGCACCCCAUGCACUUGCGGAGCUUUGGGUAAGAAAAACAGAAUCGUCGGCGGUACCCCCACGUACGUGCACCAAUACCCGUGGAUGGCCAUGCUCACGUACAAGGGAAAAUUCUACUGCGGCGCGUCAGUAAUCAAUCACAAAUAUGUCAUGACAGCCGCCCAUUGCGUACACGGGUUCGAAGCGAAAAACAUCGGCGUGCGUCUUUUGGAACACGAUCGUAGCGAUACAGAAGAAGCUAAACACAUCGACUUCAAAGUAUUGAGAGUGGUCAAACACAAGGGUUACAGCCCGACGUCUUACAACAACGACAUCGCACUGUUACGUAUGGACACCGAUGGGGUAGAAUUCGGAUCCAACACCGGAAUCAAUCCGGUCUGUCUGCCAGUCGAAGGCAAGAGUUUCGCUGGCUACGAGGGCGUCAUCACCGGUUGGGGAGCGAAGAAACAGGGAGGCUCGUCGUCGCAGGUAUUGCACGAAGUGUACGUGCCGAUCAUGAGCAACGACGAUUGCAAGAAGACGGAAUACGACGAGAAACGCAUUACGGCCAACAUGAUGUGCGCCGGUUAUUCGGAAGGCAAAAAGGACUCGUGCCAAGGCGACAGCGGCGGCCCGAUGCACAUCGCCAACAACACGGCUUACCACAUAGUCGGAGUGGUAUCCUGGGGAGAAGGAUGCGCCCAAGCCAACCGACCCGGUGUGUACUCCCGUGUAAACAGAUACCUGAAUUGGGUGGCCAACCAUACUGCAGACGCCUGUCCGUGUUCGAACGUUUACACUCCGUCAGAAUAAUUCAUCUCCAACCGUAGCUGCAGUACUCAACUUGCAGAACGCACACAUACAUCAGGAUGAACUUUUAUUUGGAUCUCACAUUAUCGCGACUCGCUAUUAUAAUCGAUAUCGUAUCAUUAUUAUUAUAUUUAUUGAUCAUAUAAUUUAUCGCAACACUAUUAUUAUUAUUUAUUAUUAUAAUUGUAUUUAUUGAUGAAAUAAUUUAUCGCAAUACUAUUAUUAUUAUUAUUACUAUUAUUUAUUACAUUAUAUUAUAUAAAUGUACAACUGGCGAGUCAAAAAUAAACAAAUAUAUU